CUGGUCCAUUCAGCGGGAGAAUCUCAACAAAAUCAAGAGUUUCAGAGAAGGAAAUGGGACAAAACAGUUUUUUGAAACAUUAAUUGAGAUCGAAUCUUUAUCAUUAAUAGAUUAGUCCAAGCCCCUUCUUUGCUCUGACAGGGCCCCUGCCUUUAAUUUUUUAGGGUCUUUAUAAACCACAAGAUUUAAUAACAGGUAGAUAUACGGCGACCAUAAAAGAAUGCGUCGCUCUGGAGCUCCAAGCCAACUCCUUGGCAAUGCAAUGAAAAAGCCUCGUUUUGUGCCCCCUGGAGCAUCCACUGCAUAUCCAUCGUCUGCAUCCAAGCCCCUGACUCCUAAACUGGGUUUAGACAAUGCACUGGAAAAGGUUCAGAGGAGUCUAGCAGCACCAGCUCCGAGUGAAACAGAGCAUCAUGUCCAGCCCAAAGCUGUUCAGCCUGCUCCAGCCUUGUCAAAAGCGCUGGCUCGUGUCCUCAGUGCAACAGAAAGCAAAGAAAAUGAUGCAGAGAUGGAACAUCCUGACACCGGGACCGAUGGGCUCAACGAGGACAAUAGACCUGCAGGAGUGAAUGGUUUCCACCAGUUGACCCCUAAACCUGCAGAGGCUCCUGCACAGUCAGACAGUGUUCAUGGAGCUGCAGGCUCAGACUCUAGCUGCGGUCAGGAUGGCGCACGCUACUUCAGUGUGAUGUGGUGUAAGGCCAGUAAGAAGAAACACAAGCGCUGGGAGGGUGAUGCCAUCCUGGUUACGAGAGGACGAACAGCCACACUGAAGGAUAUGGAGGGGAAAGAUAUUGGCAAGGGGAGUGGCUACAAAGUGUCCAUGCUGGCCUCCCUGUCCGAGGGAGAGACCCUGAUGAUCGGAGGGAAGGAAAUUGAGGUGAUGGGGAUCAUUUCUGCUGACGACUUUGCUAGAGGACGUUGUUUCCAAGAGAUCCAAAUAGAGAAAGAAGAGACACAUAAGCAGUCUGGUCCACCUCCUCCACGUCGCAUGCCAUCCAAACCUUUCUGCCCCCCGACAAUGCUGGGGAGAGCCGAUCGUGCAGGGUGUAAACCACAGGAGGAACAAACCUGCAGGCCUCGCUAUGAUCCACUGGCUCCAGGUUCUCUGGUGAUGCCUCGUCCCUCUCCUAACCACCAGUGGUCUUGUAACAAGUCAGGUCUCCCUGUGGUUGAUGUUGUUGUAGACCCCCACCUGACCCAUCACCUGCGACCCCACCAAAGAGACGGCCUGAUCUUCCUGUACGAGUGUGUGAUGGGCAUGAGAGUUGUGGGACGUUAUGGAGCGAUCCUGGCUGAUGAGAUGGGUCUUGGAAAAACCCUCCAGAGUGUUGCUCUGUCCUGGACAUUGCUCAAACAAGGACCAUAUGGUGGGAAAGCAGUUGCUAAGCGUGUCCUUGUGGUCACUCCAGGUAGUCUUGUGCAGAACUGGGGUGCAGAGUUUAACAAAUGGCUGGGACGGGAGAGGAUCAGUGUUUUCACUGUGGAUCAGGAUCACAGGAUAGAGCAGUUUGUGUUGUCCCCUCUGCACACCGUUCUUGUGAUCAGCUAUGAAAUGCUGCUGCGCUGUCUGGAGCAGGUUCAGAAAGUGGACUUUGGUCUUAUAAUUUGUGAUGAAGGCCACAGAUUAAAGAACAGCAGCAUCAAAACAUCCACAGCCCUCAGCAGCUUGAGCUGUGAUCGCAGAGUCAUACUAACAGGCACCCCAGUACAGAACGACCUGCAGGAGUUUUAUGCAAUCAUAGAGUUUGUUAACCCGGGGAUUCUUGGGUCGUCCAUUGCCUACAGGAAAGUUUAUGAAGAACCCAUUCUGCGCUCCAGGCAGCCCUUCUGCACAGAGGAGGAGAGACUUUUAGGAGAGGAGCGAGCGGCAGAGCUCUCUCGCCUCACUGGCAUGUUCAUCCUAAGGCGGACACAGGAGAUUAUCAACCGUUACCUGCCUCCUCGUCUUGACUGGACAUUAUUCUGUGAACCCUCCCCUUUGCAGCUCGAGCUCUAUGAGCGUCUCCUCAGCCACAGAGUCUUUAGAGCCUGCCUUCAAGGCUCUGUGCAAACUCACACACACCUUGCCUGCAUCACUGCCUUAAAGAAGCUGUGCAACCACCCCGGUCUGCUCCACUCCACUGUCAAGGAAAGAACGGAUAGAGGUUCAUUGGAAAGCUCUUUAUAUGAUGGCUUGGAAGAACUCUUCCCAGAAUCCUACUCUUUGGGUGGAUUCAACACAGCUGACUCUGGAAAACUGCUGGUUUUGUCAGACUUGCUGACUGCCAUCAAAGAGCUCAGCCCUUCAGACAGGGUGGUCGUAGUGUCCAACUAUACCAAGACCCUCGACCUGCUCCAGGACUUAUGUGCACACAUGGGUUACUCUUUCUGCAGACUUGACGGACAGACUCCGACCAGCCAGAGACAGCGGCUGGUUGACAGCUUUAACAGUCCUUACUCUAACAACUUCCUGUUUCUGCUGAGCUCCAAAGCAGGCGGGGUGGGGCUUAACUUGGUGGGUGCCUCCCAUUUGGUGUUGUAUGAUAUUGACUGGAACCCUGCCAAUGACAUUCAGGCCAUGGCUAGAGUCUGGAGAGAUGGACAGAAGAAGACUGUGCACAUCUAUCGCCUCCUCACUGCCGGCACGAUUGAAGAGCGUAUUUUCCAGAGGCAGGUGUCCAAACAGGGGCUUUCUGGGACGGUAGUUGACCUGGGCAAAGGGGCAGAGCACACAAGUUUCUCCACCAGUGAGCUUCGAGAUCUUUUCAGCCUAACAGACACGCCGUCUCUGACUCACGACCUGCUGAACUGCAGCUGCAGCAUGGACGGCUCACCACAGGCUGUGGUAGAGGACAAGGAAGAGCAGGUGCCUGAAAGGCCGUGCCAACUCGGACGCCAAAGUAACAGCGGUGGGACGGUGCAGAAACACCUUAGCAUGUCGGAGCUGAUGCAGUGGAGACAUUUCUCUGGUGUCACACACACCUUCGCAGACCCUUACCUUGAUAACGCACGAAACCACAUCACCUUCGCCUUCCAAACUACCAUCUCUCACACAGCGCAGUGAUUAAACACAGACUGGAUGACACUGUAGAUACUCACGACUCUCACGCAGUCAUCUGAGUUGUCCUCUGCAUGUUUGUUUUCAGGCUGUCUGGGCUUUGUCUGCAGCCUGGAUACAACAUAUGACUAAAACACUCCACAGCUGCUGCCAACUAAAGCAACGCAGUUCAAAACUGUUUUAAGUGACGUCUGUGAGAUUCUUUGUUGUUUAUGAAGAUUUUCUUUUUUUAUUUAAAGAAAGUUACUGUAAAAGUUCAUUAAAUAAAUGAAAUUCAGAAGGACUGUAUGUAAAAAACAAGGCCUUUCAUAAGGUGAACUUGUGUUCUUUUUCCUGGGGGAAGCAGUAUGACAGAUUGAAGGCUUCUAUCACUGGGUUUAUUUUAUCUUCACAUACUGUAGAUAAGUGUGCAGGGAGCUUCCUCAUGUCCAUCUGGAGUUAUAUUUGCUGUCAAAUGGAGAAUAUAUGCUGUUGUAAGGCAUAUUUAGGAACCAUAGAGGCUGAGUGGUGGAGACCAAAUAUACAACCAUCCAUGUCAUGUCUGUGUUGGCUCUCAUUUAUCCAGGUCAUGGUUAUCAAAAUGUCCGUCAAGUGGGAAAUUGGACUUGAUUGAGGUUGCUUCAAGACAUUUCCCCUCGCCUCCAAAAGGCUUCUUCAGUUCUAAUGUGACAGCAAUGUGUGAUAUUUUUGUCCCAGGACAGAAACCCUGCCUUAAGAGUCAUCAGGCCAGAGAGUUCAUGCUUGUAUUGGCUAUUUGUGUUUGUGGGGAGUCUGUAGCAUACUUUAUAGUGAGGUUUUGGACCAUUUAGAUAGUUAUCGGCAGAGUUGCUCUUGAAGAGCCCCAGGAGGACAGGCCUUCAGGUGAAGCUAGGUCACUGAGUGUACCAGCAACUCUCAGGUGACCCAGGUGACUCAGCUGCGAAUGAUUCUCAGAUCUUUAGCAUGUUGGGUGGUCAACAGAGGCCAUAAAUUCCAACGCUGGUCCCAGUCACUUUAGAACUGAAGAAGCUAUUUGAAGGAGCGGUAAAAGGUCUUGAAGCACCUCUAUUACAUAAUUAUGAGAUAUUUAGACUUUAAAAUAAAGGUAAUCGCAUUAAUAUUGUCACAUUUUAUGAAUCUGAUACCUUGAGUGUGAGCAUGGAGUGAGUCUGAUGGGUCAAUGUGGGCCAUAUUCCAAUCUGUUCAGUCUUUUUUCUGGUCUGUUCAUGCUCUCCAACACAAAGCUGCUGCGUGGGAGUUAUGUAGUACUGUGUAUGUGUGUGUGUAAAUGUCCUGAAUCCACAUAUGAUUUGUGUUUCUGUCAGAAUGACUCGGCUCCAACACAAUGCAUCUUUACAUAAAUGGAGUAAUUAUUAUUUACUGGAUGAUCACCACUCUGCAUGAUUGUUAAGAAACUUUGUUGUAUAAUAAAUGGGUUUCUGGGA